AUGGCGGGGUACUGCAGCAGCCUGGGCGCCUGCUCAGCCCCACCUAGUCAGACCCGGGCAUCCACACAUACCCCGGGUUACGCGCAUAGAGAUCUGGGUGUCGCAGACUGUGGCCGGCGCUUGUGGGUAAACACCCGCGCGCUCGGUUCUGCGCCCUACGCGUCGGGCUCUGCGCCCGCGCCGCCCUAUGCACCCGCUGGCUACUCGGCUCCAGGUCCGCUCCUCGGCGCCCCGGGUGGCCUGGCGGCUGCGGACCUCACGUGGCUGAGCCUCUCAGGCCAGCAGGAGCUGCUGAGGCUGGUGCGGCCGCCCUAUUCGUACUCCGCGCUCAUUGCCAUGGCCAUCCAGAGUGCGCCGCUGCGAAAACUGACGCUCAGCCAGAUCUAUCAGUACGUGGCGAGCAAUUUCCCUUUCUACAAGCGCAGCAAGGCUGGCUGGCAGAACUCCAUCCGUCACAACCUGUCGCUCAACGACUGCUUCAAAAAGGUGCCCCGCGACGAGGACGACCCAGGUAAAGGCAAUUACUGGACCUUAGACCCAAACUGUGAGAAGAUGUUUGACAAUGGGAACUUCCGAAGGAAGAGAAAGAGGAGAGGAGAAGCCAGCACAACCACGCCCCCCGGAGGCAGUAGCCUGGAAAGAGCUCAGGUGCCUGCUUCAGAGCUGGCUGGCACUGCCUCUCCGGACUUGCAGGCUUCAUCUUCCCCACCGGCACUGGAGGCUGCAGCCUGCUUCUCUAGCUUCACAUCUGCCAUGGGUGCCCUAGCCAGUGGCCUUGGCACUUUCUCUGGGGGCCUACCAAGCGAAUUUUCUUUGGGGCGGCCAAUGGUCCCAGCCCAUGGGAAACAAGCGCCUGCCCCUGCACCGGGUUGUACUCCUGGCCACCAAACUAUGGCCACUGGCUUCCGUGUUAGUCACCUCGUCUACAGCUGGGAAGGGACUGAAGUUUAA